CUCUUGUGCAGUGCGUUUAUAGUGAAAAGUGAAAAAUAAAAAUGACUGGUCGUGGCAAAGGUGGAAAAGGAUUGGGAAAGGGUGGUGCUAAGCGUCAUCGUAAAGUAUUGCGUGAUAAUAUUCAAGGUAUCACGAAGCCCGCUAUCCGCCGUUUGGCUCGUCGUGGCGGUGUGAAGCGAAUUUCUGGUCUUAUCUAUGAGGAAACUCGUGGUGUCCUAAAGGUAUUUCUUGAAAAUGUAAUCCGCGAUGCAGUAACCUACACGGAACAUGCCAAAAGGAAGACAGUCACUGCGAUGGAUGUUGUAUACGCAUUGAAGAGACAGGGCCGCACUCUUUAUGGAUUCGGUGGUUAAAAUAUUUAUAAACACCAAAAUGUAUUAACUACAAAUUAUGCCCUUCAAAAAAUCGGUCCUUUUCAGGACCACUAAAGUUAUUAAUCAAAA